CCGCUCCAAAGCCCCCAAGCCUUGCCUCUUCUUUGCUCAUUCUCAUGGACCAGCCAUACUCUCCAAGGCGUCAAUCCUUUGGCUAUCUUAAUGCUCCUACGAGAUCAAGAUCUUUCGAUGACGACCCUGAAGAGGAUAUGUAUCCUCCAAGGGAACUGAAAUCCACUCGGUCUCAAACAGAUCUGUUUGUCUCCAUCAACAUGCUCGCCACAGCUCUUGCAAUGUUAUUGCUGACGACGAUCCCGGUUGUAGUAUCCAUCCCAGAUAUCUCAAUUUGGUUUUCAGGAGACGCGCUUUGGAGACUCUUUGACCCGGUCAUUACGCUCCCGUUGAACCUGUCAAUUAUGUUGCAGGCUGAGGUCUUUCAAACCGGAGGAAAGCCUCGUUUUCUUGGCGUUUGGAGUGAACGUACUUUUGCCAUGAUACUUUGGGCUAUCGGUGCUGGAAUUUACGUUCAGGGGCACGGCAUUCAUCUUGCAGCUGCAAUGUUCAAGCAUCCAAUCGAACAAUUCAACCUAGACCAUCCCGAUCUUGUUGCUCAAUACCCUGUUCUGACUGAAAUGUACCUGAAUAUGGAAGAUUUAUGGGAACACAACAUUGCACAUUAUAUGUACGCCUUUGGUGGUAUGUGCAUGAGCUGGGUUCAGCUUUUCAUUUACCGUAAUCAGGUGCAUGGCCCUCUCCGCAUAGGAGCAAAGAUUACCUGGAUUAUCGGCACUAUUCUCUACGGAGCCCUGCUUGCAGGCGUUGCUAUUGAGUUUCCUCAUGGUCUAUAUGUCGGUCUGGUCUACACCGUUGUAAUUGGUACAGUGUGUGUAUGUAUGAUGGUGUUCAACAAGAACGACCUGAAGUAUGGCGGCAUCUUUACAAUGGGAAGGAGAAUGGUUAUUCAAUACUACCUAGGAGCAUGUGUUAUUGGAAUAAUCGUUGUUAUAGCCUGGAUUGCCAAGUAUGGUUUUGCAAACCGUAAGGCGGCUGGUGUUGCAUAAUAUCAUGUCUAGAACGGCUAGCACAUAGCACUACUGUAUUUUUAUUUCAAGAUAUAUAUUUACAUUUUGAUUGAAGGGAAGGAGUAGAGUAUCGAUGGGCUUGUAAAAAAGUAUUGCGUAUUUUACAUUACAAAUAAAGCAAAUGCCUCUCUAAUUUUCAAAUCUCUCUGGCAUCACAGGCUCAAAAUCAAGCUCCAAAGGCAUCUCUAAUCUAGGCACCGUGCCGUCUGGCAAGCAUCCUAGAGGGCAAGCGCUCCAUUUUGACUCGGAGUAAAGCGACCAUCCAUUUGCGUUGCAUUCUGACAUGACUACAUCUUGCCUAUCACUAUGGUUCUCCAGCGCCUAUAU